GUUUUCCUGUUAGCAAUGAAGUCAUCUGACUGGGAUGUCAGGAGAUGGAAAUCAUCUCUAGAGUCAGAUCUUACUGAAAUUUCCAGCUAAGGUGUUGAUCGAGUUAAGCGUGGAAAUCUGUCACAGCUCAGCUGCAGUACUCAGCCAUUAGUUUAGCGUGCUGUGGACGUGUGGUGGUGUUGUUGUAUCCCAUAUUUUCCUUCUAUCCCAGUUAUCUCACUUGAGCUGAAGUGAUCAAAGCUGAAAUCCCGUCCUGUUUGGAAAGAAAAUGGAAAGUAACGAAACAGAAAAUGCGUUGCUAGGAUGUGAAAUUAUGUUUGUGUGUGUGUGUGUAUCGGCAGGUAAAAUAUUGUAGUUUUCCAGGGCAGCAAUAGCGGUUUUUAUGCCGUUUUUAGGGUACAUAAAAAAAGGCAGCACAGACUGAAAGUCAAGGAGCCAAUAUGUCUGUUGUUACCCUGCAAGUAGGUCAGUGUGGAAAUCAAGUCGGCGGUCAAAUGUUUGGGACCUUAUUGGACGAUGCCUUCGCUAAGCCUUCCACGACUCAUGUGAGUGCUACAAAAAAUGAGGAAUAUAUACAGGAAGUGUGUAGUCGGUUUUUCAGUGAGGAUUCUGGGAAAAGGUCAGAAGAGGAACAUGAUCUGAAAGCGCGUGCAGUAAUGGUGGACAUGGAGCCAAAAGUGAUCGCACAGACCUGUGCAGAUGCACGGAGAACUGGAUUAUGGGCUUACCCAAGUAAACAGCAGUUCUGUCAGAAACGUGGAUCAGGGAACAACUGGGCACAUGGCUACAGUCUCCAUGGCAACAGGGUGUCGGAGCAGAUUUUGAGCAUGGUCCAGCGUGAAGCAGAAAAGUGUGAUUAUAUUGGUGGGUUUUUGGCGCUGAUGAGUUUAGCGGGCGGUACCGGGUCAGGCUUGGGCGCUCAUCUCACACAGAGUUUGAGGGAUGAAUUCCCCCACUCCUUCAUUGUCAACCAAGUUGUGUGGCCGUACAAUACAGGGGAGGUAAUUGUGCAAAAUUACAAUGCCCUCUUGACUCUGUCGCAUUUGUAUCAAACAGCAGAUGCCAUCCUGGUGUUGGAAAAUGAUGACCUCCAUCGUGUCUGCUCCCAGCUGAUGAAUCUCAAGAAAAUUUCCUUCAGAGAUAUUAAUUGGGUGAUUUCUAUGAAGAUGGCCGGUUUCCUUCAACCAGUGUUUGCCGGAAGGUCAUGUGACCGGCUGGUUACCAAUCAUUUAGGUGACCUACUGGAGCACCUGGUACCCCAUCCAGACUACAAACUGCUCACAGUGAAGAACAUUCCUCAGAUGUCUGACCAGGCUGUAGAGUUCAGCACAUACCAGUGGCCAGGUCUCCUCAAACAUCUCCGUCAGAUGCUCAUUGCCAAUGCUGCCAUGGAGGAAGGUAUAAACUGGCAAGUUACCGUUGGCGACCAGACUCCGAGGGGCACAAUCAAGCACAACCGAUGUCUAGCUAAUCUUCUGACACUAAGGGGAAGGGACCUGGCAACAGCUGAUUCAUCUCCUUUCUCGGAGCCCAGACUCUAUGCCAGCUGGAUGCCUGCAGAUUGUACCCUGAAAGAGUGGGCUCAGCCAAGGGCCUUUAGCAGAUACGAGAAGUGUGGAACUCUGCUGAGCAACAGCAGGUCUGCCAUUGGUCCUCUGGAUCAUGUGAUCGGCAAGGCCUGGAGGAUGUUUUCUGCUCGUGCGUACGUCCACCAGUAUGUCAAGCAUGGACUCACAGAAGAUGACUUUUUAGACAGUUUUGCUACCUUGGAACAGAUUCUAGACAAUUAUAGGACCUUGUGACACAGUACUGGGAACUAAUUGGUUUAUGCUGAAAUAAGGAGACAUCCAGUAUGAGUUUAUUUGUCCUUUGACAAGAAAUUAUUUUUCCAUUUUAUUUCUCAGUGAUUCCACUUGUGAACUUGUACAUUUUUAGCUUUGCUGUAUGAAGUACAGAUGUGGCUUAUGUCUUAUCCUGAGCAUUCGAGUCAGUGUUAUUUAAUAACAGUGUUAAACAACAGGGAAAGCAAUAUGAAACAAAAUGUUGGGGAUGGUACAUGGAUCUAAACAAACACUGCAUGUAUUGAACUCAGGUUUUGCGCACAUGUAGAGCACAGGGGCAGUCUCAUCAGUAUGCCAGGGUUCAACUCAUGUGUUGUACAGGGGCAGUCUCACCAGUAUCCCACGAUUAACCUCAUCUGUUGUACAGGGUCAGUCUCACCAGUAUACCAGGGUUCAACUCAUCUGUUGUACAGGGGCAGUCUCAUAAGUAUGCCAGGGUUCAACUCAUCUGUUGUACAGGGGCAGUCUCACCAG